UCUCUCUCUCUCUUCACUUUCCCUUCCCAAAAUCGCACGCAAUUCCAAACGAGAAAAAAAGGGGGACUCUCGGAAGCGUCCAAGCUCGUCGCGAUCACGAAACCCUAACCCUAAUCCCCAAUUGGUUCAAAUGGGGGGGGAGAAUCAACGGGGUUGGGGUUGUUGACCGAUUGGGGGUGGGAAGGGUUUGAUAUUCGACCGAGGAGGAGGAGGAGGAGGAGGAGGCGAAUUGGGCUCUGAGGAAUUGGGGAUUUAGGGUUAGAGGAGAGGAGAGGAGAGGAGAUGAUGGAUGGGUGCGAUUGCAUUUGUUGGAGUAGAGAAGCUGCUCCUGAUGUUGGUUUCAAAGAGCCGGAGCCGUUUAAACUCCCUGCUCCGAUCCCCCAAUGGCCCCAAGGUGAAGGCUUUGCUGAGGGAAAAAUAUGCAUAGGAGAAUUGGAGGUUGUAAAAAUUACCAAGCUCCAGAGCAUCUGGAGUUGCUUUUCAUCGAAGGACAAGGGUAGAGGGGCUACAUUCUACAAACCAUUAGAAAUACCUGAUGGUUUUUACUGCCUCGGCCAUUACGGCCAACCAAACAAUCAACCUCUACAAGGCUUCCUUCUUGUGGUAAGAGAAACGACGAAUUCCGAUUCAGUUACCACCGCGCCUUCUAUUCGGAGACCCCUAGAUUAUACCCUUAUUUGGAGUUCUAGUAGCUGGAAAGAUGAUAGUUACGAUGAAUGUGGCUGCAUUUGGCUUCCGCUGCCGCCAAAGGGUUAUAAAGCUUUGGGCUACGUGGUCGCCAAAGGACCCAAUAAGCCCUCGCUUGAAGAAGUUCGAUGCGUGCGAUCCGAUCUCACCGAUGCAUGUGAGAUAUCAGAUUUGAUUGUAGAUACUGAACUCAUUUUCCCAGAUUUCGCUUGCCAAGUUUUCAAAGUGCGUCCUUGCGACCGGGGAAUGAAAGGAAGAGGCGUCGCUGUCGGGACAUUCUUUUGCAGUACCGACUCGAUUGUUGAGGACGAGUUGAGCAUCUCGUGCUUGCGAAACUUUGAUUCCUCCCUACAAGCAAUGCCAAACUUGGAGCAAAUUCAUGCACUCAUCAAACACUAUGGUCCUACUGUCUACUUCCACCCAAAGGAAACUUACUUGCCCUCAUCCGUCUCGUGGUUCUUUGAGAAUGGAGCUUCUUUAUAUAAAAGAGGCAUUAAAAUGGGCGAGGAAAUAAAUAAUGAUGGCUCAAAUUUACCCGCCGGAGGGGAGAACGAUGGCGAGUACUGGAUCAAUCUCCCCGACGAUGGUAGAAUUGACUAUAUCAAGAAGGGGAAUCUGGAAAGCUCCGAGCUUUACGUACAUAUAAAACCGGCCCUUGGAGGGACGUUCACCGAUAUCGCCAUGUGGGUGUUCUGUCCAUUCAACGGCCCUGCCACGAUCAAGGUCGGGGUAUUCGACUUCCCUCUCUCCAAGAUUGGAAGGCAUGUCGGAGAUUGGGAGCACUUCACACUUCGGGUUAGUAAUUUCUCGGGCGAGCUAUGGAGCAUCUAUUUUUCUGAACAUAGUGGAGGCGAGUGGGUCGAUGCUUGUGGGUUGGAGUUCGUCGCAGGUAAUCACGCCAUCGUUUAUUCAUCAAAGAGUGGGCAUGCUAGCUUCCCCCAUCAAGGGAACUAUCUACAGGGUUCGGAGAAGCUCGGGAUCGGAGUAAGGAAUGAUGCUUCCAAAAGUAAGCUUUCUGUGGAUUCAAGUGUGAAUUAUCAAGUUGUCGCGGCAGAGUAUCUCGGCCAAGGUGUUGUGGAGGAGCCAUGCUGGUUGCAGUACAUGAGAGAAUGGGGCCCAACGAUCAUAUACGAUUCGAAGUCGGAGUUGGAUCGAAUACUUAGGUUUUUACCGGUCAAUCUUAGGUUCACGGUGGAGAACAUAUUCGAUAGCCUCCCGAUGGAGUUGUACGGGGAGGAAGGGCCGACGGGGCCCAAGGAGAAAGAUAACUGGAAAGGGGAUGAGAGGUGCUAGCAAUUCGGCUCUACGAUAAGAUAGAGAAUUUGAUUGCUGUAUUAGUAUAUACUUCAUUUGGUCCCUCUAGAAUUUGGGAUUUUGGGAGGAACAAAAUCUCAAAUUGAGGAACUUUUAGCUUUAAAAUGUGUAUUUGUGCCAUAGAUGUAAUUUGUAGAUUCAGAGUUAUAGGAUGGUUAUUUAGAACCCUGAGAGUGAUUAAGCUUGGUCUAAUCCCCAGCUACUCUCAAUUUAGUUUCCUCCUGUCCCUGUAUGGUGCGUUUAGCAGGAAGAUGGAGUAUUUGAGAUGUUUGCAUUGUGAUACAGGAUGCUAUCCCUUUUUUAUUAGUAUAUAUAUAUUGGGUGGGUUUGGCUUUGUUGAGAAUUGAGAUUAAAAUGUAUGAAUGAGAAUAUGCUGCAGAAUACUUUGGUGUGUA